GACCUACUUGACCUCACCCAGGGCCGAGAUUAUUCUGCUUUCAUGCCCCAUAUGCCAUAGAAAGUGAUCAUUUGAGAGUAAUUUCUCGAUCUUGCUGCAUCUUCACCGGGAACAGAACUCAGGAUGGCUUCUUUCAGCACAACCAGCAACAUGGCAGGAAACUCUGCCCUUCUGCACUCUAAUCUCUGGGAUUCCGAUCCUGAGCUGAUGGAGCUGAUCAAGAAAGAGAAAGUGCGGCAGCUGCGCGGCCUGGAGAUGAUUGCCAGUGAGAACUUCACAUCCGUGCCCGUGCUUCAGUGUCUCAGCUCGUGUCUGCACAACAAAUACUCCGAGGGGCUGCCGGGACAGCGAUACUAUGGCGGGAACCAGUUCAUUGAUCAGAUUGAGGUGCUGUGUCAGAAGCGUGCUCUGGAGGCGUACAAGCUGAAUCCCGAGGAAUGGGGCGUCAACGUGCAGCCGUACUCAGGCUCUCCGGCCAAUUUGGCGGUCUACACGGGCAUUUGCAACCCCCACGAUCGCAUCAUGGGCCUGGAUCUGCCCGAUGGCGGCCACUUGACGCACGGCUUCAUGACAGCCACGAAGAAGAUCUCCGCCACGUCCAUCUUCUUCGAGAGCAUGCCGUACAAGGUGGACGCCAAGAGUGGCCUGAUCGACUAUGACAAGCUGGAGGAGAACGCGAAGCUCUUCAAGCCGAAAGUCAUCAUCGCAGGCAUGUCCUGCUACUCUCGCUGCCUGGACUACAAGCGUUUCCGUGACAUCGCCAACCAGAACGGAGCCUUCUUGUUCGCCGACAUGGCCCACGUUUCUGGCCUCGUGGCGGCUGGAGUGAUUCCCAGUCCGUUUGAGUACUGCGACGUGGUGAGCACGACAACACACAAGACCCUGCGAGGCCCCAGAGCGGGCGUGAUCUUCUUCCGAAAGGGCGUGCGAAGUGUCAAGGCGAACGGAGACAAAGUGAUGUACGAUCUGGAGUCGAAGAUCAAUCAGGCUGUCUUCCCGGGUCUUCAGGGUGGUCCUCACAAUCACGCCAUCGCUGCCAUCGCCACGACUUUCCUGCAAGCCAAGUCGCCGGAGUUCGUUGAGUACCAGAAGCAGGUGAUCCUUAAUGCUCAGCGCCUGUGCAAGGGUCUGAUCGAGAGAGGCUACUCAAUUGCCACUGGCGGCACAGAUGUCCAUCUCGUGCUCAUGGACCUGCGCGGCGUGGGACUGACGGGAGCCAAGGCGGAGUACCUUCUGGAGGAGAUCUCCAUUGCGUGCAACAAGAACACGGUUCCUGGUGACAAAUCUGCUCUCAAUCCCUCGGGCAUCCGACUGGGCACGCCUGCUCUCACCACUCGUGGCCUCGUGGAGAAGGACAUGGACCGCGUGGUGGACUUUAUCGAUCGCGGACUGAAACUCUGCAAGGAGAUCUCAACGGCAUCGGGUCCCAAGUUUGUCGACUUCAAGAAUCUCCUUCACAAGGACGAGGCGUUCGUACAGAAAGUCUCUGCGCUGCGACAUGAGAUUGAGGAGUACAGCACGACAUUCCCACUGCCCGGAAUUGAGGAUUACUAGACUUCCUGGCUAGAGUUUUUGUCCGAUAAAGUGUGGCUUUUGUAUUUCAAAUAAGAGGCUUGCAAAUAUAUUUUGGCGCCGCUGCGAAGAAAA